AUGCUGUUUUCUAUUGCUCUGCCCCGUGCACGUCUAUUCUCCCUGAGCCGGGUCGCCAUUCGACCGAUCUCCACCACCAGCGCUUUGCGCAACGCCAACGGAGAUGGCAAGCCUGCCUUCCCUUUCGCAAAGGGCCCCGCUCCCCCACGCCUUCCUAAGGAAGAGCAGGAGAUCUUCGAAGAGCUCCAGAAGCGAUCAACAGGUGCUUUCAGCACACCGCAAGUCAACCAGUCGCCUAAGGCCGAGAUCAAGGUCAAUGGAAGUGGCGAAGAGCUCCACCCCGAUGCGCCGCAAGGCCUGAAGCCCGAAUUCGAGGGCGAAACGAACCCCAAGACUGGCGAGGUUGGAGGACCCAAGAACGAGCCCCUCCGAUGGGGCGCUGGUGGUGAUUGGAGUUAUGGUGGCCGGGUGACCGAUUUCUAA